AUGGAAUGGCUGACGUCUUUUCCAGCUUCACAAGCGCUGCUUAACGUGACGAAGAAGUUUGUGGCCAGAUGCAUAGAGACGGGCCCUGUACCUCAGCACAUUGGGUUUGUGAUGGACGGUAAUAGGCGGUUUGCUAAGAACCACCAUAUUGAGCUGAAGGAGGGACACAGUGCCGGGUUUGAAUCCAUGGCGCAGAUACUGGAGCUGUGCUAUGAGUGUGGUGUUAAGAGCGCUACGGUGUUUGCGUUCUCCAUAGAGAAUUUCAAGAGAAGUAAGCAUGAGGUUGAUUGGCUGAUGGAGUUAGCAAAGGAGAGGUUCGCACAGAUGGUUUCACAGGGGGAGUUGGCAGAGCAGUAUGGAGUGAGGAUUAAAGUGCUUGGCGAUGUGUCGUUGCUACCAGAUGAUGUUCGUCAAGUGUUAAAAGAGGCCGAGGAGGUGACAAAGCAUAACAGCAGGGCAGUCUUGAACGUGUGCUUCCCAUACACGUCAAGACAUGAGAUGACACAUGCCAUGAAGCAUAUAGUUAAGAAGAACAUGAAGACGCCCAUUGAGAUCAACGAGGCAACCAUAUCAGAUCUCCUGUACACUGGGGGUCAACCACCACUGGACUUGUUCAUAAGAACAAGUGGAGUGUCGAGGUUGAGCGACUUCCUACUAUGGCAGGUGAGCACACCAGGGGUUGUUAUCGAGUUUGUCGAUGUACUAUGGCCAGAUUUCACCCCAUUGAGAAUGGCAUGGAUCUUGAUCAAGUAUUCGUUCAAAAAGGCAUAUUCAAAAGAGGAA